GGGGGUGUCCCGGGCAGGCCCUGACUACUGUGGCUUCCUUGAGCUGCCCUGCAGCCCAGCGCUCUGUGUUCCAUCACCUGUUCUCCACUGCCUGAAGCCCCUCCCCUGGCCCUCAGGAGAGAACCCUAAAGCCCAGGGAGAGCCAGGGUCCAAGGCAUUGGCUAAGGCUUCAGAAGUAGCAGGUGUGGAGCUGGGAGCCGUGAUGUGGACCUGCGUGGUCCUGUGUGAAGUGACUUAGACUUUGCAUCAGACUCUGGGUGCGUUUGUGCAACUGUGUAUCUCAGAUCAUGUGCAACUUGCCGGUCUUGUCUCCGUGUGUGUGUGUGGUAUGUGGUUUGGGUAGACUUGAAUGACCAAAGGACAGUGUGUGGAAAGGGUGGGGCUGUCUCUCCAGCCCCCUAGGGAGUACCGAGGAAAAGAGGGUGGGGAGGAAAGUGCUGAGGAGUACAGGCUUUGAACUGGUCAGACAACUUUGGGAACCUGGGAGCAGUAGCCAAGAAGGGAGAGGAGAGGACAGGCAGGCAGAGGAACGGGCUGGAGGCUGGAGCAACGGGCUGGAGGCUGGACAAGCCUUUGGAUUCAGGGCUGUGACAUGAAGCUGCUACCCAGCUGGACAGCGAUGCUGCCUGGGAGCCCUCGGGGCAGGCCCUGGCCGUGGGCACAGCGACCCAGAAGAACGGCUCACACCUGUGCCCCAAAGAUGAGGGCCCGGGAGGACGCUGAGGGCCAGACACAGCAUGAGUCCCUGGGUUCGGCAGGGACCUCCACGAGGGACCCCCCAGCGUCCCUGUCCACAGAACCCAAGUUUGACAUGUUGUACAAGAUCGAAGAUGUGCCGCCCUGGUACCUGUGCGUGCUGCUGGGCUUCCAGCACUACCUGACCUGCUUCAGCGGCACCAUCGCCGUGCCCUUCCUGCUGGCUGAGGCGCUGUGUGUGGGCCGUGACCAGUACAUGGUCAGCCAGCUCAUUGGCACCAUCUUCACCUGUGUGGGCAUCACCACCCUCAUCCAGACCACACUGGGCAUCCGGCUGCCGCUGUUCCAGGCCAGUGCCUUUGCAUUUCUGGUCCCAGCGAAAGCCAUCCUGGCCCUAGAGAGAUGGAAAUGCCCUCCAGAAGAAGAGAUCUACGGUAACUGGAGUCUGCCCCUGAAUACCUCACAUAUUUGGCACCCACGGAUACGAGAGGUCCAGGGUGCAAUCAUGGUGUCCAGUAUGGUAGAGGUGGUGAUUGGGCUGAUGGGGCUGCCUGGGGCCCUGCUCAGUUACAUUGGGCCUCUUACAGUCACCCCCACUGUCUCCCUCAUUGGUCUCUCUGUCUUCCAAGCUGCUGGCGAUCGAGCGGGCUCCCACUGGGGUAUCUCAGCUUGCUCCAUUCUCCUGAUCAUCCUCUUCUCCCAGUACUUGCGAAACCUCACCUUCCUGCUGCCUGUCUACCGCUGGGGAAAGGGCCUCACUCUCUUCCGCGUCCAGAUCUUCAAGAUGUUUCCCAUCGUGCUAGCCAUCAUGACCGUGUGGCUGCUCUGCUAUGUGCUGACCCUGACGGAUGUGCUGCCCUCAGACCCCACAGCCUAUGGCUUCCAGGCACGAACAGAUGCCCGAGGGGACAUCAUGGCUAUUGCUCCCUGGAUCCGCAUCCCUUAUCCCUGUCAGUGGGGGCUUCCCACCGUGACUGCAGCAGCCGUCCUGGGAAUGUUUAGUGCCACAUUAGCAGGCAUCAUUGAGUCCAUUGGGGAUUACUAUGCUUGUGCCCGCCUGGCUGGUGCACCACCCCCUCCAGUACACGCUAUCAACAGGGGUAUCUUCACAGAAGGCAUCUGCUGCAUUAUCGCGGGGCUGUUGGGCACGGGCAACGGGUCCACCUCAUCUAGUCCCAACAUUGGCGUCCUGGGGAUUACCAAGGUGGGCAGCCGGCGCGUGGUGCAGUAUGGUGCGGGCAUCAUGCUAGUUCUAGGCACCAUUGGCAAGUUCACGGCUCUCUUCGCCUCACUCCCUGACCCCAUUCUAGGGGGGAUGUUCUGCACCCUUUUUGGCAUGAUUACAGCUGUGGGGCUGUCUAACCUGCAGUUCGUGGACAUGAACUCCUCUCGCAACCUCUUCGUGCUUGGAUUUUCCAUGUUCUUCGGUCUCACGCUGCCCAAUUACCUGGACUCCAACCCGGACGUCAUUAACACAGGUGUUCCUGAGGUGGACCAGAUUUUGACUGUGCUGCUGACCACAGAGAUGUUCGUGGGUGGGUGCCUCGCUUUCAUACUGGACAACACAGUGCCAGGAAGCCCAGAAGAACGAGGUCUGAUACAGUGGAAAGCUGGGGCCCAUGCUGACAGUGAGAUGUCUUCCAGCCUGAAAAGCUAUGACUUUCCCAUUGGGAUGAGCAUGGUAAAAAGAACUGCCUUUCUGAAAUACAUUCCUAUCUGCCCGGUCUUCAAAGGAUUUCCUUCAAGGUCAAAAAACCAGCUUCCAGUUCCAGAAGAUAUCCCAGAAAACGCAGAAACCGUGUACACCAAGGUCUGAAAAAUUACUCCCAGCAAAGUGACAGUGGAACUUACCAACAAGAGUGGGCCGUUAACUGUGUAGGAGGUUAAAAGUAUGCUGAAAUAUUGAUCCCUUUGGCCUUUGGGUAUCUGAACUGAUACUGGGUCACCUGGAGCCCGUGAGUCAUAAACUGCAGCUAUAGGCAAACUCAUCUAGUAUGAUAAAUUAUAUUUCAUGACAUGGAAAAGGUUGAGAAAUGACUGACAGAAGUAUAAGAAUAUUAAAAAUUCUCUCACGUAAAGCGCUCUGUCUCAAUAGUUGUAAUAAAACCUCUACAAAAUUAUUUCAGUUACCCUAAAACUAUGCCAUACAGGCCCUGAUGGGGUGAUGUCAUCUCAAGGUCUUAAAAAAAAACGUAGUUUUAAUGUGCACAUUGCCACAGACGGACAAGUUCCAACAAGGUGAGAGCUUAGCUUAGAUGACUCCAUGAUAGAAAGCUCUAGUAAGUGAUUUAUUACUUUGUACCAGGGGAUGGUCUCAAGUACUUGAUGUGUAUUAGCUAAAUACACUCCUGAGAUAGAUACUACUGUCACUACCAUUUUAACAAGGUGGAAACUAGGGCACAGAAGGGUUAAGGGACUUAACCACAACCACUAGACUCAAAUUCAGGAAGUCUGGUCAGUCUUUGCUCUUCAUCAUUAGGUUACUCAAGUUUAUAACCUCUAAUUAUAUUGCAUGAUGAUCACCUGGCAGUAUGUGGAAAUGAACUCAUCUGCCCACCCAUCUAGGCUUAGAGAAAUGGUCUCUAACACUUACAUACUUGCCAGCUUGCUGUGUCACUUGUGUACUGAGCUAGUAGAGAACAGAGCGGGGCUGGUGGUAUUGUGGCUCCAAAAAGAACAAGAGCCAAACAGCAUCAUCUACUUCAGAGUCUCAAAAAACCUGCCUGUUUAUUAGCUUAGUAAGGGAGUCAUUAAAAAAACAUCAGGCACAGGUACUGACAUCAAAGGACCAUAGGGAAAAUGUGAACCAGAGCUGACCAGAUGGCCUUCUUAAUCUUGAGCCCUCCAAAUUUAAGAAUAGGGCCAAGAGGCAGAACUGUAUGUGGAACCAGGAAAUUGCUCGUUGACCGACAGCCUAUCCCAAAUAAAGAUUAUAAAUUAGUUUGUGAGAGUGAAAUAGGGGAAGAUCCAGGUGAAUCCAAACAGCAAACCAGGCCAAUCAGAGCAGCAAUGGUUUGUGAAGGGCAGAAGCCAGUGGAGCUUAUACUAAAGUUACCAACAUACUGGCCAGCCAGAACGUUUCUUAACAUGGAUCUAUAUGAUUGCCUUGACGCUGCAGCCUGAGGUGACCGAGGUGGGCUACGGGAUUUAUUUUACUGCUAUAUUUUGGACAGAUAUAUAACAACACAUUUGACACUAUGGAGUCUAAUAAAGCUUGCGCUCUCAGCAAAUUUUGCCAACAGGGCUGUCCUGAGGGACUGGGCCCACACUAAAGUGAGUACACCCACUUAAGAGUCCGUAUUUCAACACCAAUAAACACAAACAUCAGCAGCUCAGUUCUACUAUUAUUUAUUUUUUUAAAUAUUUUUGAAAAAAUAUAAUUUUUUUACAAUAUUUUCAACUUAAACACUAUUCACACUGAACACGUAUGGCAGCUUAACCUACCCAAAUAAGAAGUUUAAGAAGCCAAAACUGUUCUAGCUUUGUUAAAAGAAAAGUUGUGCUGCAGACUAUUGUAGUGAUGGUUAACAAAGCAAGGAAAAGCACCACUCAAAUCAUAUGUAACAAUUUCUUUGUUCAAUUGAAUUACGGGUUGGUCAAAUGUUAGAUUUUACACAAGUAAUAGCUAUGAUGCAAUGACUCCUUAGGAAAAGAUGGAAUUCUCAAAUCACAUACUUUCUUAGAUGUAACAAUAGGAUAAUUCAGUAUUUUCUUACACGAUAACACCCCAUAAAAGCCAGGAGAUUUAGGUUCACUACCUUGUAACCUCA